AUAUUAAAUUAUUUGUUAUCAAACGUGCCGUCACAUAAUUUCUUAGUUCUUACAGUAUGUCGUUUGUCAAAGAAAAUCGCAGACUAAAUGAAGAUAUCGAUGAUGUUAAUGAGUCACAAUUGACUAAAUUAGAAUCUAAAAGAGGAAUGUCAUUUUGGAAACUGUUGAGGUUCUUGAUAGCAAACAAACAGUUUGUUGCAGUUAUCAUUUCGGUGUUCCUGGGCUUCUUGAUUGGGAUUGUUUUACACGAUGCUGUUCAAAAAUCCGACGAGCCCGAGAAAAUGGUUAUGUACAUCAAGUUUCCCGGUGAACUGUUUAUUCGAAUGCUAAGAAUGAUCAUAAUACCCCUAACAAUAAGUACUAUCGUGGUAGCUUUGGCAGAGACUGACACCGGCAAAGCAAAAAAGCUGGGAAAGUAUACAUUCUUGUAUUAUCUAACAACUACCAUUUUCGCCACUGUGCUUGGCAUAACACUAAUAAUGAUUAUAAAACCUGGGAAAGAUCACACAGCAAAAAGAGAUGAUGAAUUCAAUGAAUCGAGCCCAAUUAGCGCUUUGGAUUCAUUCCUUGAUCUACUAAGAAAUUUGAUCCCAAAAAAUUUGAUGGAAGCAACAUUAAAAUCAACACAAAGUAACUUCGCAGAGAAGAGCAUAAAUUUUCGGAAGGAAAACAUAAGUAUCCCUGAAUCUGCUGAGGAUGCAGCUGAUCUUCUUGGAAACAACAUUGUUCUACCAUGGAGCACAAAUCGUAAAAAUAUAACGAUUAUCAAACAUGCGAAAUCCUACAAAUUUUCUGGUACUAUCGACAAAGAUGGUACAAACUUCAUGGGUCUGAUUAUCUUUUCAAUUCUUCUUGGAGUAAUCCUAAGAAAACUAGGAGAUGAUGGUCGUCCUUUGUUGGAAUUUUGUCGAGCUUGGUUGCAUGUUAUUAUGAUGCUUGUAUCAUGGAUAAUGUGGAUUUCACCUAUCGGUAUUCUAUCUUUGAUCGCUGGAAGUUUAACGGAAGUUGAGGAUAUCGUACAAACAUUUAAGAAUGUUGGUUUGUUCGUCACCGUAAAUUUUGUUGGUUGUUUCAUUCAAGCGUUCAUAGUCUACCCUUCGCUAUACUUUUUUUUUGUGAGAAAGAAUCCAUUGAAGUAUUUAGGUGGUAUAGUUCCAGCAAUGAUCACAGCAUUUGGAACAUCAUCGAGCUCAGCCACACUACCUGUGACCAUACGCUGCGUUACAGAAAACAAUAAAGUGGAUCGAAAAGUUGCUCAAUUCUGUUUACCAAUUGGUGCAACGUGCAAUAUGGACGGUAGCGCGUUAUACUUUGCUACUGUUGUUAUAUUUUUGGCAAACUUGGAAAAAAUCAAUCUGUCGUUUGGAGAAGUCGUUCUAACAGCUUUGAUUGCAAUGUUUGUAUCAGCUGGCGCCUCAGGAAUUCCCAGUGCCGGAUUAUCCUACACCAUUUUAUGUCUUGAAGCAGUAGGAAUUCCAACAAAAUAUAUUGGCCUUAUCUUCGCGAUUGAUUGGUUUAUAGACCGAAUUCAAACGGUGAACAAUGUUAUGGGUGAUGCGUAUGGCGCUGGAAUAUUGAAUCAAGUUACAGAUAUGACAGAUCAAGAGAAUAACGUGGAGAAAAGCAACUCGAAAUUGAACGUGAUUUUUAACGCACAUGCAGCUGAAGAAAAAAAUAAUCAACAUGUCUGAUUAUGUCCACCUGGAUGGUUUACCAAAGCAGAGGAGUAACGUGCAUUUUUAGUUUUCUAUAAUUGUAAUUCUUAUAUUUUCAGGGGUUGUUUUCUAGAAUAAAUAUUAACAUUUACUAGUUUACGACAUUUUUCAAAAUUUUACUUCAGUCAAACAGCCAAACAGCAUUUCAAUUACAAUCAUGCGCUUUUAA